AGGUUUUCAUUCAAUUUUUAUUCAAAUUACUUUUUCUUUAAGUUACCUUUUUUAUAUUUUACAUUUGGUCCCCUUUUGUUGCAGUUAUGGCUCAGGCCCUUGUGGACUUUCUGACUUGCUGUAAUAAUAGUAGGCCUAAUGAGAUAGCUUAUAUAAUUAACCUGGGCCUGAGCUGUGGGUGCACAUGAGGGAACCUAUUUUAGUUAGUCUUCUGCCAUGCCCUUGGAGCGGUGUAUUUUUUACCCAGUAAACUAGCCACGAAUUGUUUACCGAACAUUAAAAAGGAAUUACGGGUCGUGUGAACUUUUCUGGCCUUGACGGCUACAGUAAACAAUUCUUAGUAUUAGGAAACCAGUUGGUACCAAAUACGGACACCGCUCCUCAAGCUUCAGUGCAGGGCGUGGCAGGUGAGUAGUUUUAAAUAGUACACAUGGCUACUCAUAAAACUCGGUAUGGUCGUCAGAUACGCCCAACAGCUAAGGCCCUUGAUACCGCCUGGAAGGUCCUCGAAACCCCUAAGAAGGACGUCCGUAUACAAAUAGACAAUGAAUUUGACGAACCUGACACACUGGCAGUUCCUGAUGGUAGUCAACCCCGUGAACACUCGUCAUCCAGUGAACGAGCCACAUGUAAUUCCGUUGAAUUAAAGAAAGCUGAGCUGCGCCUUCGUUAUGAGACAAAAUGUGCUGAACUGGAGACAGAACAGAUUGAACUUGAAACACGCAAAUUGAAUAUUCAGAAACGUCUAGAAACCGCGCGUGCUAGUUAUGACCUGAAGGAACUUGAACUGAAUUCAAAAUCUGAUAGUGUGUCUAUGAUGACUAUAGACGAAUGUUUUGAGUUGCAUGAAAAUGUUUAUAAAGCUGAUGCGAAAGUGCAACCACCUGUACUAAGAUCUGCUACUAAAGUUGAUUCUUGGAUCCAGGAUCCCCAUCAUGAAAAUGAUUGUAGAUCUAAUCAUGAACAGCAGGAGGUGUAUAAACCACCUGCGCCUUUUCAGUCAAAUGUUCAGAAUCCUCCGUUUUUUGUUCACUACGGUCCAGGUUUGCCUGAGUUUAAGAUAGAAGUUUUUAGUGGUAAACCGGCUGACUGGCCUGAGUGGUUUCUGUCGUUCAAAAACCUCAUUCAUGAUAAUCCCGCAUUGACUGACGGGCAAAGGUUAGGCUAUCUUAAAACGUAUUUAGGCCAGGAGCCACGCAGCAAGGUAUUUGGUCUGUUACUGGACGCUAAGGAUUACCCCAAAGCAAUGACUGAACUUAGGGAUAGAUAUGGUAACCCAGCACUGGUAAUUGAUGGCUUCAUUAGAAAGGUACGCCAGUGGCCGAAGUUACGCGGUAUUUGCGAUUUGGGUACUUUUUUCACAAAUGUGUCUCAGUUGAUUCAAAUGUUUAAAGCCAUGGGCUACAAAGCAGAUUUACAAGCUAAAGGUCUCCUGUGUGAUUUGACUUCCAAAAUUCCGGACAGUAUGCAAGAAUCGUGGGGGAAUUGGGUAGUUAAGAAGGGCGAAGGAAACCCAACAGUUGAGUUGUUCUAUCAAUGGCUGAAGUCUAAAGAGAAUGCUUUGCGUUUUACAUCGUUUUCGUCAAAUCCGCCGUGUUAUCAGAGUAUUGACAAGUCUAAGAAGGGACAUGAGGUGAAGAAAACGGUAACCACAUUGACUACACCCUAUACCCAGGUUAAGAAAUACUGUGUCUUUUGCAAUGGUGAACAUUGGCUGGACUCAUGCGCUAAAUUUUCCCGUAAAACGCCAAGUGAGCGUCUAGCCUGGUUUAAGGAAAAGGGCAGAUGUUUUCUGUGUACCAAAACUACCCACAGGUCUAGUGGAUGUUUCCUCAAGAUAAGAUGCAAAGUUAAAGAUUGCGGCAAAUCGCAUGCUACAAUCCUUCAUGAAGCUUUUUUGGCUCCUAAGCUGGCUCAAAGUAGUUUCUCAUCAGAUCACACUAAAGCAGGUGUGCCAAAGGAGGGAAGCAAGCCAGACGUCCAUUCCGUUGGUGUUGGUUUCAUGAAAAAAGGAAAAUCAGUGGUAUAUCUACAGACAUUGCCGGUGCGAAUUCACACUCCCAGUGGACAGGUCGUUGAUACAUACGGGUUACUUGAUAGUGGUAGUCAGGCUACACUCAUACAAGAAGAUUUUGCAAAAAGUAUUGGUUUGAAAGGUCCCUCAUCAAAGUUACGCGUGUGUGGCGUUGGUGGCAAGCUAUCAGAACAACAGUCCAAGUGUCUAUCGUUUUGGUUGAGUGAUCCCAAAAAUGAUUCCAAACCACUAAUUAGAGUAAAAGAAGCGUGGACUUUCAGUGAGCCUUUUAGUCUUUCGGUUCAUGCUGGUAACAAUGCAGAUUUCUCAUCCUGGCCACAUGUACAACAUUUGAACUUGGAACAUGCGCCUGACUCGCUAGACAUAAAGGUUUUGAUAGGGGUUAAUGUUACCAAGGCCCACACACAACUAGAAGUUCGGGAAGGCCCUGCAGAUCUGCCAAUCGCCGUACAUACCCCCUUGGGAUGGACUGUAAUGGGUGUGGAUCGUACUCAACCUGAUAGUUCUGGUAAUGAACAUGAUGUGAGUGUCAACAACUUUCUGAUCAACAAGAUCACCGACUUGGAACAGAGUGUUGAACGGUUCUGGAAAACCGAAAGCUUUGGUACUCUCGAUGCAACAGAUGUCCCCUAUUCAAUGGAAGAUAAAAGAGCACAGGACGCGCUUGACACAACAACACGUAUUACAGAGAACGGUCAUUAUGAAGUCAGCAUGUUAUGGUCGAAACCUCCGGAUCUUGUAGAUAAUAAGCCACAAGCAGAGCGCCGCUUUGAACAAUUGCAACGUAAACUGAACAACAACCCUACUUUUCGCGACAAGUAUAGAGAUGUGAUCAAUAAGUAUAUUUCUAAGGGCUUUGCACGUAAACUAUCCCCGGAAGAGGUUAGUCAAUCGAGUGACCGUACACAUUACUUGCCACACCAUGGAGUUGUCAAUCCAAAAAAGCCUGACAAAUUGAGAGUAGUGUUCGAUGCUGCUGCUGUGUAUGCAGGUUCUAGUUUGAACGAUCACUUGUUAGUGGGUCCUGAUCUGCUAAAUAAUUUGAUCGGAAUUUUGAUGAGAUUUAGAUGUGGUCCCAUCGCAAUCUCCGCCGAUGUAGAAAGUAUGUUUCACAUGGUCUUGGUUCCCAAAGAUGACAGGGAUGCUCUCAGGUUUCUUUGGAAAGAUGACUUAGAAAGUGAUGAUCCUCCUGAUGUAUACCAAAUGGUCGUGCACAUAUUCGGUGCAAAAUCAUCUCCAUGCUGCGCCAAUUACUGCUUGCGCCGCUGUGCGUUGGACCACAUCGAUAAGUUUAGUCCCUUGGUGAUUGAUACUGUAUUGCACAACUUCUAUGUUGAUGACAUGCUGAAAGCUUUGUACAAGUGUACAAUUGAAGAAGCUAUUGAUCUUGUUGUGGAGCUAAUUAAGAUCACUGCUUCAGGUGGUUUCAAAUUGACAGCUUGGGCUUCAAAUUGUCCAGAAAUUUUGAGCGCUUUGAAAGAUCUGGAUGAUAGCCUGGGAAUCUCAACGGUUGUAGAUUUGAACCUGGAUGGUACGCACUCUCGCAGAACACUUGGUAUCAAUUGUGAUAUGAAAUCGGAUGUGUUUUGCUUCGAGUCAAUUGUGAUUCAAAAUGUCUGCACCAAACGAGGAAUCAUGAGCAAAAUCAGUUCCGUAUUUGACCCUUUGGGCUUGUUGUCACCGUUCGUUCUCAGGGCAAAGUUGAUAAUGAAGAGUCUCUGGGAGAAAGGUUACGGUUGGGAUGACAUUGUAAGUGAUGCGGACUCCAGUGAUUGGACCCGAUGGUGUGAAGAGCUAAGUGAGCUCCCGGGUCUUCAUAUCCCUCGAUGUUACUGGCCAUGUGAGUUUGUACCGGAAACGUUCGUGUUGCAUACCUUCUGUGAUGCGUCUGAGUCUGCGUUCGCGGCCUGCUCAUACUUGUUUGUAUCAUCAGAAAGUGGUGAAUUGUACGGAUCUCUUGUCAUGUCAAAAACUAAGGUUGCUCCUCUGAAGGACCGAUGUCUUACGUUGCCACGUCUUGAACUCCAAGGUGCUGUGUUGGCUGUGAGGUUGCAUGAAACUGUUCUGAGAGAGCUGGAUCUUGAUAUCAGAAGUUCGUUCCUUUGGACAGAUUCAUUAAUUGUGCUUCAAUACAUUUACAGUGAAUCCAAAAGGCUCAGGACAUUUGUUGCAAACCGCGUGUCUGAGAUAAGAUCCAAAUCAGAAAAAACUCAAUGGCGGUUUGUACCGGGUGUCUUGAACCCAGCUGAUGAUUGUUCAAGAGGUCUUCAGUUGCAUCACUUGAGUGUUGAUCACCGUUGGUUUCGUGGUCCAGAGUUUCUUUGGUUAAAUGAGUGGCCGGAACAGCUGUAUGUUCCCGUGUUGGAAUCGAAUGACAGUGAAUUGAAGCAAGUCUCUGUCGCUCUGGUUGUUCACGAGACUCCUCUUGCUGAUGUAUCCAGCUUCUCAAACUUGCCUCGAUUGUUGCGUGUGACUGCUUGGUGCAUGCGCUUUUGUCAUAAUUUGAGAAACCAAGUUCGUCGCAGUGGUAAUUUGGUAGUUUCUGAACUAGAGGCAGCGACAACUUAUUGGAUCAAAUGUGCACAGUCCGAAUACUAUGAGAAUGAAAUUUCGGCACUCUCCACGGGUAAAGAAUUACCACGUGACAGUUCGUUGAAAUCACUGACUCCGGUAAUGGUUGAUGGUGUUCUGAGGAUCGGUGGUCGCUUGACCAAUGCUCCCUUUCCAUAUGAAAGUAAGCAUCAAAUCAUUGUCCCUGGCAAGCAUCCAAUAGCCACUUUGUUGAUUCUGAAAAUACACAUCGGCGUAAAUCACGCAGGCGCUGAGCACACUAUUGCUAGGUUACGCGAAACAUACUGGAUCACGUGCGCUCGUGCACGUGUGAAAAGUGUAACUCAGGCUUGUCGCAUCUGUCAUAGGCGUCGCAUAAUAUCUAGGGUUCCAAAGAUGGCUCAGCUUCCGUUGGCUCGCUUUGAAAUGAAUUCUGUCUGGUAUAAUACAGGUUGUGAUUACUUUGGACCAAUCAUGGUGAAGCGGAGCCGUGGUCGAGAGAAACGUUGGGUUUGUCUCCUCACUAGUUUGUCAGUUCGUGCUGUCCACCUAGAAUUAGCAUCCUCACUGAAUGCUGAUGCAUUCAUUUUAGCACUUAGAAGGUUCAUCGCUCGUCGUGGCUCACCGAGGCAUAUCUAUAGCGACAACGGUACAAACUUCGUGGGAGCAAACAGGGAGCUUAAGGAGGCAAUAGCUAGUAUUGAUUCGGACAAAGUCCACAAGAGUCUCGCUGAAAGAAGUAUUGAGUGGCAUUUCAUUCCACCAAAGGCGCCACAUAUGGGUGGCGUAUGGGAGCGAUUAGUACGCUCAGUCAAGCGUUCGCUUGAUGCUGUCCUGACAAAUCACUGUGUCUUUGAAGAUACCCUCCACACGUUUCUUUGUGAAGUUGAGGCUAUUUUGAAUAGCCGUCCCUUGACUCAUGUUAGUUCUAGUCCUGAUGAUUUGGAACCCUUAACUCCUGCUCACUUCUUACUUGGCAUUCCAAACAACACUUCACAAAUUGUGGAGUCCUCAGAUUCAGAUAUGUGUAGUAGAAAAAGAUGGCGCCAAACACAAGUUCUCUUAGACCAUUUUUGGCGUCGUUGGAAAAAAGAAUACCUGCCUACAUUGACUGUUACUCCAAAGUGGACUGAUGAUGUUCCCAACCUCAGUGUUGACGAUGUAGUUAUGCUAAAUGACAAUAAUGAACCUCGUGGAAAUUGGCCCCUUGCCAGAGUUGUUGAAAUCUGUCCUAGCGCAGAUGGACGAGUUAGAGUUGUGAAAGUGAAAACAAAAGAUGGAAUUUUGAUGCGACCUGUAGCAAGGCUAUGUCUCCUUGAACAAGCGAAGACAAAGAUUUAGAAAGUUUCAUCAAAUGUUGGUGUUACAUGUAACACUGUUCUAAAUGAUAGUUUGAUUGGUAGAACAGGAUAAUAUUGUUUGAAUUAUAGAAUGUCAAACAGUAAUCAUAUGAUAAACACGUGUUGUAUAUAGUUUAAUACCGGUAUGUAUAUAAGUUUGAAGUACUUAACGUUUGGAGUUGUUCAGACACCGUUGUCAGACAACGCUGUCAGGGGGGUGGCUGUGAAGGUUUUCAUUCAAUUUUUAUUCAAAUUACUUUUUCUUUAAGUUACCUUUUUUAUAUUUUACAUUUGGUCCCCUUUUGUUGCAGUUAUGGCUCAGGCCCUUGUGGACUUUCUGACUUGCUGUAAUAAUAGUAGGCCUAAUGAGAUAGCUUAUAUAAUUAACCUGGGCCUGAGCUGUGGGUGCACAUGAGGGAACCUAUUUUAGUUAGUCUUCUGCCAUGCCCUUGGAGCGGUGUAUUUUUUACCCAGUAAACUAGCCACGAAUUGGUGAGUUAUUUAAACUUGUUUUUCUCAAAUUAUAUUCUGUUCAGUUUUUUCUUAGCCAAUACCUGUACAUUAUACCUGUUAAUGAUUAACAAAUAAAUGGUUUUCUUACAGUUUACCGAACAUUAAAAAGGAAUUACGGGUCGUGUGAACUUUUCUGGCCUUGACGGCUACAUUUACCCCAUUCCCAAUUGGAGUAUACUAUAAGGAUAACAAACCGGCAUUGGUGACUUCAGUCCACCACAUUACGGCGACUGUAUAUAGCUUAAAUGACUGUUUUUUGGAUUUUCCUUCCCAUUUAAGUGGGAGGGGAUGGGUGAAAGCAACGGUCACAUUUGGCUUUCACCUCAGUCACCUCUUCGAAAGACGGUUUUUGCAUAACAACUUGAAGGCUGAUAAUGUUGUGCUGGAUGCAAAUGAGAAGGGCAUAGAUGUCAUUCUGUGCAGUUGGAAAAAUUCUUGUAGAAUCGAAUCUGCCCGAAUUCUCACAGAGAAGCAAACAAAAAAGCUUGCCGGACAAUAUUGUUGUCCCAGAGGUUUUGCGCAGAGAGAAGCCAUUUUCAAUUGCAAGUAACAUUUAUGCAUUCGGUUGUCUUGGAAUCUUGGUUGUGAAAUAUUGUAGGGCAUAUGAAAUCACGGAUUACAAUUUACCAGCUCUGGAAAGAUUCUGUCUGAAAUGUGUGAGUCCAAGAUCUGCAGCAAGGCCAGAUGUUGAGCUGUUUGACGAAUACCUCGAAUCAUUUGACAUAUAAUAAUGUGUGACUCUAACUGAAAAGACAGUACAUGUAUCCCUCUGACAUUGGCGGAUGGUAUUUUGGAGAACUUUGUUUUCCACCUGGAGGUUCUAUCUUGACUGAGAAUACUUGGCCUGUAAGGUCACAUACAAUUUACAAACUGUAUGACGAGUUUGGGUCUUAACCCUUUAGUUCCUGCGAGUCUACAAAUCUUUUCCAGCAUCUCCCUGAAGAUUUCCAGGUAUUCCUAUAGUGUAUAGACUUUUGGCAAAAGAGAUACAAAAAGUUGAGAAUGAAGUACUACAAGUUAUUUUGAAGCUAACAAUCAUACCUACAAUAUGAUUUCAUUUUCAUUUUAACCCCCUGGUAUCGACAGGAUUAACCCUCUCAGCAAUUUAGUGAAAAUUCAUAAAAAGGCCCUGUAGUAAACAACAGAAUCAUAAGAAGUUCCUACCUAAUCAAAAAACUCCAUAAAGAAACCCAAAUGUACGAUAAUCCAACCUAAUAUCGAUCGAAAAACACAACCCGGCAGUCUCCUGUACAUGAAUACAUGAAUGGGUUGAUAUGAAGUUAUGGUUUGCACAUGUCACAUUUGUUGGUCAAGUUGGACCAUGAGAAUUGCGAAAUUAAAACACCUACAAAAAUUUCCAGGGUGUGGUUUUAUUGCUGAAUUGACAUGUAGACGAUGGAUAUCUUUUUACCAAUGAAUACUAGUUGUAUGUUGUUAUUAUCAAUAUGUCUGGCCUUCCUAGUUGGUCACAAGUUGUCAUAGUGACUUGUCUAGUUCGAAGUGUUCUGUUCAAUAAAAACACUUGAAUUCACUUGA